CUGAUAAUCCUUGUAACGGAGGGACCAAGUUCUGGGUGAAAUGGCCCAGGGGAAUAAUUAUGGACAGACCAGCAACGGGGUGGCGGACGAAUCACCCAACAUGCUGGUGUACAGAAAGAUGGAAGAUGUCAUAGCGCGCAUGCAAGAUGAAAAGAAUGGAAUUCCCAUCCGCACUGUCAAAAGCUUCCUUUCCAAGAUACCUAGCGUCUUCUCUGGGUCAGACAUUGUUCAGUGGUUAAUAAAGAACUUAACUAUAGAAGAUCCAGUGGAGGCUCUCCAUUUGGGAACGCUAAUGGCUGCCCAUGGCUACUUCUUUCCCAUCUCAGAUCACGUCCUCACACUCAAGGAUGAUGGCACCUUCUAUCGGUUUCAAACACCCUAUUUUUGGCCAUCAAAUUGUUGGGAGCCAGAAAACACAGACUAUGCUGUUUACCUCUGCAAGAGAACAAUGCAAAACAAGGCAAGGCUAGAGCUAGCAGAUUACGAAGCCGAAAGCCUGGCCAGGCUGCAGAGAGCAUUUGCCCGGAAGUGGGAGUUCAUUUUCAUGCAAGCAGAAGCACAAGCAAAAGUGGACAAGAAAAGAGACAAAAUUGAAAGGAAGAUUCUUGACAGCCAAGAGAGAGCAUUCUGGGACGUCCACAGGCCUGUGCCUGGAUGUGUAAAUACCACAGAAGUGGACAUUAAGAAGUCAUCCCGAAUGAGAAACCCGCACAAAACACGUAAGUCAGUCUAUGGUUUACAAAAUGACAUCCGAAGCCACAGUCCCACCCACACACCUACACCAGAAACCAAGCCUCCUACAGAAGAUGAGCUGCAUCAACAGAUAAAAUACUGGCAAAUACAGUUAGAUAGACAUCGGUUAAAAAUGUCAAAAGUUGCUGAUAGCCUACUAAGUUAUACGGAACAGUAUGUAGAGUAUGACCCGUUUCUUGUGCCACCUGACCCUUCCAACCCAUGGCUCUCGGAUGAUACUACUUUCUGGGAACUUGAAGCAAGCAAAGAACCAAGCCAACAGAGAGUAAAGCGAUGGGGUUUUGGCAUGGAUGAGGCAUUGAAAGACCCAGUUGGAAGAGAGCAGUUCCUUAAGUUUCUAGAAUCAGAAUUCAGCUCAGAGAACUUAAGGUUCUGGCUGGCGGUGGAGGACCUGAAGAAAAGGCCUAUCCGAGAAGUACCCUCUCGAGUGCAGGAAAUAUGGCAAGAAUUUCUGGCUCCUGGGGCCCCCAGUGCCAUUAACUUGGAUUCUAAGAGUUAUGACAAGACCACACAGAAUGUGAAGGAACCAGGACGAUACACGUUUGAAGAUGCUCAGGAGCACAUUUACAAGCUGAUGAAGAGUGACUCAUACCCCCGCUUUAUAAGAUCUAGUGCCUACCAGGAACUUCUACAGGCAAAGAGAAAGAGAUGCCAUGAAAGGCUGCUCCACGCCGUACUUAGCCCAAGAGCCUUUGUUUAAAGCAAGCACCUGCCCUCAAAUCUGGGGAAAUCUCUCACAUCCAAGCGGUUAACAAGCCUUGUUCAGUCUUACUAAAAGGAUCAUCUUUGUGACAUGAAAGCUGAAUGGAGCCAUCGCCCACACCUUGUAGCCCAUUGCUGUUACCUGGAGCUGAGGACGUUAGACCAAGAUGUUGCAUGAAUGAAGGACCUGAAUUGUUCUUUUCUGUGUGCACAUUAAGGCAUCGCCAUCGCCAAGGGACUCUGCCAUCUCAUUGCCUCUGUCUCCACCUGUCGUCUGCUUCCCUUCCUCCUCUUACUAAGCUGGAUCUGUGUCUUUUCCUUUUUUAACCAGUUCAAGUGAAGUAAAACUUGAUUUGCCCCCUCCCCUUCCUCUUUUUCUUAAAGCUUCCGCUAGAUGCACAGUUCACUGAAAAUUCAGUCAGUCACAAACUGGAAGAAUUGUAAAAGAAAAAAAAAGUAUAUAUCAAUAAGUAUACACAUGGCUUCACAUUUAUUAAAUAACAAAUUAGCCCAGAAGUGUCAUUUCACCCUUGUAUCCACAGUCUGAAACGAAUGCCUAACUUCGUCUAUUCUCUGGACAUUGUCUGUUCAUGUUUCUUGUGUUUAUUUUUAUACCAUAUUUAAAUGAGAAAACACCUUUUACUCCAAAUGUAUCAAAGUUGACCUCUUCUCUGUAAAUUUGUGUAUGUUUAUAUUGUUGUUUUAUCUUUCAUUAAAAGAUGCAGAAUCUCA